AUGCUCUCACGUGUUGCUGCAGUGAAGGCACCCCGCACACACAACCGUCGCCGCGUGACCGGGUCCAGCGGAAGGAGGAGGGAAGGAAGAGAGAGUGAGCCGCAGAGGCCCAACAUGUCCCGGCAUGUGUUUACUUCCGCGGUGCUGCUUCUCCUUGUCGUUGUGAUGAUGUGCUGCGGCAGUGGUGCUGCUGCGGAAAUUGCGGAUGAGCCGUCAUCUGAUCCAAAUUUUGAAUGGAAGGACCUGAAGAGUGAGGGUGAAGGUGUAACGGUGGACUCGUUGGGUGUUCCCGGACUUUUGAAAGUGGGGAGUGAUGUGUUUGCCGUUGCCGAGGCGCAGUUGAAGAAGGGUGAAAACGUCUUUACUGGCAUUGCAUCCCAACUUCUCACGAACAGAGCGGAUAACAAACCGAAGGAAUUGCUGGAGGAUGCCAAGGAUACACAAUUUCUGGAGGAAGUCACUUCCACAGAGGGGAAGAAGAGAGUAGGUGUGAGCCAACCAACAGCAGUUGUGAAGGGAAGUGACAUUUACAUGCUUGUUGGGAAAUACAACCGUAAUGAUGCUCAGGAGAGUGGUGCAGGUGAGUGGGGGUUGUUGCUGGUGAAGGGUGGUGUCAUUGCUGAAGGAAGCAGCAAAAAAAUUGGCUGGACCGAUACGAAACGUCUCCCGUGCACUCUAGGCGAGGAACACGAAUCUUUAACAAGGCUGGUUGGCGGCGGUGGAUCGGGUGUUAAGUUGAAGGACGAGACGCUUGCGUUUCCAGUGGAAGGCUCGAAGAAGAAGGUAAAUAAUAAGGAGAAGGAUGGAAAGGCCGUUUCGCUGAUCUUGUACUACACAGCCACUCCGAGCUGUACACUGUCGAAGGGGAUGUCUGCCGAUGGCUGCAGUGAUCCCUCCGUUGUGGAGUGGAAGGAGGGAAAACUCAUGAUGAUGACUGCGUGUGACGAUGGCCGCCGCAGGGUGUACGAGUCCGGUGACAAGGGGGAUUCGUGGACGGAGGCCCUCGGGACACUCUCGCGCGUGUGGGGGAACCGAAGGGACGGUGAUAAAGCGAACGGCGUUGGAAGCGGGUUCACCACAGCGACGAUUGAGAACAGGGACGUGAUGCUCGUCACUCUGCUGGUGUAUUCAAGUAAGAACGGAAGUGUGGAAAAGGGCGUACUUUAUCUUUGGCUGACGGACAAUACGCAUAUUGUUGAUAUUGGGCCGGUGUCCGGUGAUGAUGACGUUGCCGCCAGCUCCCUGUUGUACAAAAGUGGAGAUAAUAAUAAAGAUAAGAAGGAGGAGUUGAUUGCACUGUACAAGAAGAAGAAGGGCGAGGGGGAAAAACCAUCACUCGGUAUUGUCUCAGUGCUUCUGACUGCGCAGCUGAAGCGGGUGAAGGAUGUGCUGACGACCUGGAAGGAAGUGGACGAACGUGUCUCCAAGCUCUGCCUCACUUCAACUGCUGCGAAGAAUCCCUCAACUGGCACUGCCUGCACUACUGAUAAGAUCACGACUGGGCUGGUUGGCUUUUUGUCCGGCAACUUGUCUGGUAACACAUGGAGGGACGAGUACCUCGGGGUGAACGCCACAGUAAAGAGCGGUGUUGGGGUGGAGAAAACGGAAAAUGGCGUAACAUUUAAAGGACGUGGUGCGUGGGCGGAGUGGCCUGUUGGCAGCCAGGGGCAGAAUCAGCUGUACCACUUUGCGAACUACAACUUCACUCUUGUGGCGACGGUGUCCAUCCACAAGGUGCCGGAGGAGGGUUCUCCCAUUCCUUUAAUUGGUGUGGGGAUCAAUGACGCAGAGAAUCCAGUACUACUGGGACUGUCGUACAACAAAGAAAAGAAGUGGAGGCGAAUGUGCAGUGGAGAGCCGAAGUUCAAGGAGCACAGCAACAGUUGGGAGCCAGAUACGACAUACCAAGUAGCCAUUGUGCUACAGAACGGCAGCCAGGGCUCCGUGUACGUUGAUGGUCAGCGUGUGGGAAGUGUGCAAUGCGAAUUGAAAAAAGCGGAGUUGAAAAAGGUCUCACACUUCUCCAUUGGAGGGGAUGGACGCAGCGCAGAGGGCCAAGAAGGCGUGUCUGUGACUGUGAGGAACGUCCUGCUGUACAACCGCCCGUUGACUUCCGAAGAGAUUGACGCCCUCAACCCGAAUAAAGCCUCUAUUCCACCUCCGGUAAACACACUCGUUCAGGGAACCGUGUCUCCGUCUACUCCUGGUGGACAAAAGCCAACGGGACAGGAAUCGUUGAGAGGAGUUACUGGUAAGAAUGGAAAGACAGCGGGAGGAAAAGAUGUGCAGGGAGAGGAGGGAAUUCAUCCACAGGACAGGGAAGUAAAUGCUACGGCACUCAACAGCAGCCUCGGAAAAUUGUCGCAGGAGAAUAACAGCGAUGGCGGCACCAUGCGUGGGAGCGGACUGCUGCUGCUCCUUCUUCUGUUGGGACUGUGGGGAUUUGCGGCUCUGUGA